CAUAGUGAGACCCUGUCUCAAAAAACCAAAACCAAAACUUCUGAGUUAACUUCAGAGUUACUCGUUCCUGUCCUUUGUCCUUUUACUUUGGGGUGUACUUAUUUUCAGACCCGCUGUUCUAGGUUUGCAGUUGUUCCUCCAUGUCUGCGAACCAAUGGUUUGUGAACCCCUGGGGGUACAACUGUUGCAGACCCCAAAUCUCUGUGUAACAGGGGCAGCAUUGGCAUUAGCUCUGCAGUCCUCCCAGACCCCUGGUCGUUUUCAGACUGGGUGCCGUGCCUCGCCCUGUGGAAAUGCUACAUUAACAGUUGUUACACUGUAAUGUUCAGAGGGUGCAUAUGACAGAGGGAAAGACUGUGCACGGCAGGACAGAUGUAAUCUGAGAAAGAAACUCUGUCUGCUGUGGUUUGAUUCCUCUGAUGCACAGCGGUAGGCAGGGGUGAGAGACACUGAGGUCUGAGUGUGGCAUCUGUUGGGGCGCACUCACUGGUGGGCAUCAUGGGCAUCAUGAGGUUUGUUUGUUUGUUCUUGGUACUGGGGAUCAAACUCAGGACCUUGAGCUUUCGGGGCAGGCACGGCGCCACCGAGCAUCCCCAGCCCUACAGAUUGUUUUAACAGGUAAUUAAUAUAGAGAAUUGUUAUCCAGCUACUAGAGAACUAAAUAUGUAAGACAGUGAGGUAAGGAGGAAUCAUGUGGAUUUCAGUUGUAGGAGCAGCUACAAAGGGCAGAGGUUGGAAUCCUCCCAACUCAGAAGCUGGAGGAGGCUGCAGCAUGGGUUUGGGCUGUGGGGAGCGGGUGCUGUCCACACAGGUGGCUGGGGUGGGAUCUGGGCUCUGGGGUCUGGAAGAGGAUCCCGGAGGAGGAGGAGCAGGAGCUGGGCCCUCAGGUGCUGGGGUCUCUGACGGGGUGUGACGGGCUGGUUGUGGCAGACUGGACCCCAAACUGCGGCUGGGGCCCACGGAGGGCCUCGGCUGGAGACCGCUACUAGGGAAAAGCGGGCAGGAGGGCACGCGCGCCCCUCUCCUCCGCCAGCCUCUGCGGUGCUCAGAGGGACGUGCGGGCUGGCCGUAGAGUCCCUCAGUUCUAGAAUCGGUUUCUUUGCAGUUGCUAGCGGCGGUGUGGCCUGAAGUCUAAACCGGAUGUACAGUGAGGCCGAGUCUAGUCCCCGAUUGUUUCUGGUCCAGCGAGACUCAAGUAAAUCACUUUAGAAUUUAAGAAAACAAAAAUAAGGUGCCUCACUUUGUUCGACUAGGACGUGGAUCAAAAGGGGGCAGGAAAGGCACGGACUGUCAGGGAACGGUUCCGCACUAGCGUGUGCUCCUCUUUGAGAUUUUUCAGAACUCUAAACUUCAGUGUUGUCCCACCCACCCCCUCCUCCCAACUCCUUUCUAACAGUGGUGUUUCUUUCCAGAUGGACACAGAAUGCGUCUAAAAAAAUUCAGAGCGUCGACGUCAGCAGAAUGGCAUCAAGUCCUCCCCAGUCCCUAAAAUCGUUCUGGUGUCCGGGAUGGCGAGGACACCUCACACAAGAGGUCCGAGUGGAGGGGAGCAGGGCAGGCACCCCGCUGGCCUGAAAUGGCUGGAACGAGGGAGAGGUCGGUAGCUUUGGCUCUGGUUUUUACUGCUGUUCCACACAGGCUGGGAUGUGUGGUUUGAACUUCCCCGCUGGCGCAGGAGAGAGAACGGGUACUGUUUCUUAUGCCCAAAUAUGUGAAAGAGGGGUGUGGAGCUUGAAUACCAGUCGUUGGUCCAACAGCAAAAAUGGAUCUCAGCUGGGUAUAGUGGUUUGCACCACCUCCCAGGAAGCUGAGGCAAGAGGACGCCCGUAGUCCCCGAGUUCGAGAGCAGCCCGGGUAACACAGGGAGACUCAGAACAAACAACGAUGAAUCCGGACUUGAUUGCAGUUGGUACUCAAAUGCCAAAGUAUCUUUCCUGAGUGACAGAGCAUUCAUAUUUGUAGACUACAGCAGUUAUUUGGGCAAUGAAAGCAGCUCUCCCCAAAGUCUGUACGAAAUAUGUUCCUUCUAUCUUCAUCACUUUCUUUCUUUGUGAAUUAUUUUUUAAUUCACACCAUUCCCAUGCGACCAUAAGGGUGUUUAUGUAUUCACUCGUUCUGCACCUAUUUCCCGAGCCCUGCCUCCUCCUAAGGAAGUCCUGGCCCCAGGGGGAGUCCAGGGAGGCAGGAAGAUGGGAGAGAAGCUCUCAGUCCAGUGGGGGAGAGAUACGUGGGAACAGAUAAUCACCGCACGGUGUGACAGUGACUCCAGGGGUAAAGAACACUUCCACUGCCUUCCGGAUGUGGUCAGGGCAGGAGUGACAUCUGAGCUGUGUCUUGCAGAGCCGAGGCCCCUCCAGGUGGAGAAGAAGGAGACCCUGCGCUGGGGGAUCAGCUCGGGCUCAGGUACAAGGUGGGAAGGAGCCGUGUGCGGCGGGGAGAACGCAGGAACAGAGGCCUCUGAGCCACAGAGCUCGGAAAGGCACUGAUACGCAGGUCCAGCCAUGGCCUCAGCAGCUGUUGCCUCCUGUGGUCGUCACUGCACAGGUGCAGGUGUGUGUGUGGGGGGUGCCACCUCAGGCACUGGUUCUCUUCCUGUUCCCAACAAUAACAUUUCUGGACGGACAGCUUCGUGCCAUCCUGGCUUUUCCUUUCUCCCAGGCACAUUUGCACUUGUGCAGUGGCUGUGAGUCCCUCCCUCAUUGGUUUUUAUUCUUCCUUCUCGCACAUCUGUAGGGAAGGAGGAAGGUUGAGAGAAGCCAGCAGUGACACGUAGGUGAGGCCAGCUGUGCUGGAGGAAGGAGCUGGUGGGAGCCCAAGAAACCCGCUGUGGUCUGGUGGAGCGGUUGUGGGCUCAGGGCGUGACCUCUCAUGACCUCCUCCAGCUGCAGCCAGCAAUCUUUGAAUGAGUGUGGGUGCCGUUCCAAAGAGGGAAUCUGUCGUAGAUCUUCCCCGGGCUUGUGAAUUGGGCCUUUAAAAGGCGUGCAGAGUCCUUUGCUGGAUUAAUGAGGGAUAUGCCUGCAAAGUCAAGAGAAAGCCUAGUCCUGGGUGAUCUGUGAUGAUGAAUCUUCUUACUCUUUCUGAUAUACACUGAUAUUCAGUCUUGACCCCGAGAGACUAAAUUACUUAACAAGCUGAGUACAUUAAAAAUGUUUUUAGCUGAAUUCUCUGCUCUGGUUUGUAUGCCUCUCAAAUUCAUAGAUUAAUGUCCUACCCCCAGGUGCAGCUCUUGGGAUGGGAAUAGUGGCCUUAUACAAGAGACCCCAAUGUCCCUUUUGUUCUGUGAGGAUUCAGACAAGUAGCUGCCACCUGUGACCCAGGAAUCACUCACUGCUCACCUUGAUCUUGGACUACCUGGUCUCCAGAACUGGCUCAGGAUGCUGGUGCUGCGAGCUGUUCUACUGCUGUUAGCCCUGCCCAGCCAUGCUGAGGAAACCACGAGUGCAGGGCCAGGAGCCCUGCUUCCGCUACCCAAGGGGGCCUGUGCAGGUUGGCUGGCGGGCAUCCCAGGGCAUCCUGGACACAAUGGGAUCCCAGGCCGUGAUGGGAGAGAUGGCACCCCUGGCGAGAAGGGCGAGAAAGGAGAUGCAGGUCUUAUUGGUCCUAAAGGUGACAGUGGUGAAACUGGAGUGACUGGGGUUGAAGGUCCUCGAGGUUUUCCAGGAAUCCCAGGCAGGAAAGGUGAACGUGGAGAAAGUGCUUAUGUGUACCGCUCAGCAUUCAGUGUGGGGCUGGAGGCCCACGUCACCGUCCCUAAUGUUCCCAUUCGCUUUACCAAGAUCUUCUACAAUCAGCAGAACCACUAUGAUGGCACCACCGGCAAAUUCCACUGCAACAUUCCUGGGCUGUACUACUUCUCCUACCACAUCACAGUCUAUCUGAAGGAUGUGAAGGUCAGCCUCUUCAGGAAGGACAAGGCUGAGCUCUUCACCUAUGACCAGUACCAGGAGAAGAAUGUGGACCAGGCCUCUGGCUCUGUACUCCUCCAUCUGGCUGUGGGUGACCAAGUCUGGCUUCAGGUGUACGGGGAUGGAAACCACACUGGACUCUAUGCAGACAAUGUCAACGAUUCUACCUUCACAGGCUUCCUUCUGUACCAUGACAUUGAUCUCUCUUAACUCAGAGCCUCCAUCAGGCUACACAGCCCAGAAGUCAAUUAAAGCACAGUCAACAAGCUUUCAGCAUAGUUAUGAGAUUGAUUUUGCUGUCUAAUUUGAGUUCUGAACAUUAUCCCUUCAUUCAUUCUUUCAUUCAUCAAGUGCCUUUUUCUAAAAAUCACAUACUAUAGUCCUGAAGAAGACCUGGUCCUUUUAGGAUCUCUUAUGUAGUAGCAACAUUGGACAGUAAUAACAUUUACUGGCGGGCUUCAUGUACAUGAUAUGGUAACAACUAAAAGGAAGUAGUUGACAAUGCUAUUUUGUGCCCAUUGUCCCAGGAAAGAUGCACUUCUCUUUUUUAUAGUGGGGUUGAGACAGUUAAGUGAAUGUUUUAGGUCACACACAGGUAUUAAAUGGCAGAGCUAAAGAUGAAACCCAGAGUCAUGGACUCUUCCCAUUAACUGUGCCCUUUUGUGGAAGUGCAUGGAGUCUUUGGAGUGUCAAUGGGGGAUCUGUUCCCUCACCAAGGGCCUCUGAGUCUGGCUUCAUCAAGUUAAAAGUUUUCCCCAGCAGAACUGGGAUGACCCUGUGAUGAGUUGCAGCCCAGCCCUGCUCUGUGGUUUCUCUUUCCUGUAUCUCCUUGCACACUCUUCCCCCUAGAAGGGAAAAUGGCUUGCACUUCCCCAUGCUGAAUUCCGCUGUGUUCCUCCUGGCUAGGAGCUUCCAUGAUGCUUUCCUGUCUUAGUUGCUUUCUUGUUCCUGAGACACAAUACCCAACUUAAAGGAAGAGAGGUUGGUACUGGCUCAUGGUUUACUGCAUAGACGACUGGCUCCAAGGCAACAUGGCACAGCACGGGGGCAAGGCAGAGGAGUAGCUGCUCGCCUGGCAUGGCAGACAGGAAGCAGAGGCUGAAGGGAGGAACUGGCAGGGACAUGAACCCUUGGAGGCCACACCCCAGUGACCUAUCUCUUCUGACCAGACCCUGCCUGCUAAUAGCAAGUUAGCUUCAAGUCCCAUUAAUCCAGUCAUCUUCCAAAAGUCCCACCUACGAACACACAAAGAUCUUGAGGGACAUCUGUACUUCCAGGACUCCUCUACGUUUAGCUAUUGCUGAAAACCCUGGGUGUGGAGACAUCUGCCCCCGAGAGGUCCUUACUCUGCAGUAAGGACGGUGCUUCCUUCACCUCUGAAUCCUUCACAGGUCCUUAACAAACGUCUGCUGAAGACCAAUCUCUUGAACUCCAUAUCUACCCAGAAUUAACUCCAUUUCAAUCUCUCCACAUAACCAAUUUUUAUUUAUAAAAGCACUUUCAUUGUAGUAAUUUCAUUGUUCACAUCAAAGGCUUGAAUCUUUUCAAAACUCUGAUGAUAGGGAUAAUUGUGCUUUCCAGAACAUUUAAAGAAUUCUCCCUCAAAGAGAUAGCUUGAGCUCAAAACACAAAACCUAUGGAGGAAUUUGGAAGUUAUUCUUUCCAUUGAUCCUGGUAAGUUCAGGGAAGAUUUGGGCCUCCUGAAUUUAUUCUUCUUCUUUAAGAAUUACAAGUGGUUGGGCCGGGGAUUUAGCUCAGUGGCUCUGCAGC